AUGGUAAACCAAGACGAACAAGAAUGCGAAUUCUCAGAAGACUACCGUCAAAUGGCAGCUGAAAUCAACCGCAUGAGAGCAAGUCUCAAUUCAAUGCAAAAGCAGGCCGAGGAAAAAAGAAGAGGAAUGACUCGUGAAAGAGCAACAACGAUCGAAAUUGCCGUUUGGUCCUGCAUCGUCGUCGCCCUCAUCGGCUCUCUUAUCUCGAAAUACUUUCAAUAA